AUGGCGUCCUCAUCCACCCCCGGCCCUGCUGCCGGUGGCCAUUCAUAUGGCGGCCCGAAGCCGCCACGCAUUCUCGCAUGUGUCCUUUGCCAACAUCGCAAGAUCAAGUGUGACCGCACAUUUCCUUGUGCCAACUGUACUAAGUUUGUGGAUGGAAAGGCCAAUGUAUCAUGUACGCCCAGCACCCCCGCGCCGGCGAGGAAGCGCCGGAGGCCAAAUCAGGACCUGCAGGAGCGACUCGCCCGCUGCGAAGAGCUGCUCAAGGUGUACUCGAGUGCGAAGCCCCCCGACGAAGACUCCAGUCCCAUGAUGGAAACCCCGCAGAACAUGUUCAACCACGAGUCCGCGCUCAAGUGGAACCCGCCAGGCAAGCUCAUUGUCGAGGACGACGGUGGCGUCCGCUUUGUCGACUCGGUUAUGCUGGGCACCAUCCACGAAGAACUGCGCGCCAUGCGCGAGAUUAUCGACAGCGAAGACAACGAAGACAUCACACCCGAUACGACGGCAACACCCGACGACAACUCCGACCUCCUCCUGCUCGGCAGCAUGCACGGCACCGGUGGUGGUGAAUCAGGGAGCCCGGCUGCCCCUGCCACGCUUGAAGAACUGCAGCCAUCGGCCGCGCACAUCUUCCGGUUGUGGCAGAUCUUCUUGGAGCGCGUCAACCCGCUCACCAAGAUUGUCCACGUGCCCACGCUGCAGCCCUAUCUGGUCGAUGCUACGAGCACUUCGCCCAACGUGCCCCCCAGCGUCAGGACGCUUUUGUUUGCCAUCUACACGCUGUCUACGGUGUCCAUGACGCCUGACGAGUGCCUGAACAUGCUUGGCUACUCGCGCGAAACGGCCCUGCAGCGCUUCUCGAAUGGCGUGCGCCUGUCCCUGAUUCGGACCAACUUUAUGAAGUCCUACGACUUGGAGACGCUCCAAGCGCUGGUCAUCUACUUGAUCUCUUUGCAGGGACGCUACAAUCGUCACGCCUCAUGGAUUCUUAACGGCGUCGUGCUCCGCAUCGCGCAAAAGAUGGGUCUGCACCGCGACGGCGAGGUCCUUGGUCUGAGCCCCUUCGAGACUGAAAUCCGUCGGCGGGUGUGGUGGCAGAUUAUCAUGGUGGACGCCAAGUAUGCGCUCAUGUCGGGUCUCAGCCAUUCGAUGAUGCCCCGCGUUUGGGACACAAAGGAGCCCAAAAACGUCAAUGAUGCCGACCUCUUCCCCGCCGCGACCGAGCCGGUCCAGGAUCGUGACGGUCCCACCGAAAUGAUCAUGGUCAUGGUGUUCAACCGCAUCGCGCGGUUCCUCGCCGAUACACCCGGCGUUGAGCCCCUGAUUCUGAUGAGCGACCACGAGGUGUUCCGGGGUCCGAACGGCCCCUCGAGCCUGCAUAUCGAAAUGUACCGUGGGCUGAUUGCCAAGCUCGCGACCAGCUUGCUGGAAAUCACGGACAAGUUCUGCGACCCGACGGCGGGGCCGUUGCACGAGAUGGCGGUCGAGGUCAAGGCUGAGAUCUUGCAAAAGUUGGAAAACUUGCUGAUGCCGGCCCAGGAGCGUGAGUUCAGCGAUGAGGUCAAGACGCCCGCGGACAACGUGUUCCAGGUGGCCGUCGAGGCGGCAACGCACGACAACGAGCUCAAGAUGAAGGCCAAGAACAAUCUGUUUGCGUGGUUCUCGCGCCUCUACUUUCAGGACAACAUGUUCAUGUUCAUUGUCGGCCAGCUGUGCAUCCGCACGACGGGCAAGCUGGUCGAGAAGGCGUGGAUCGCUGUCGAGAACACCUACGACCAGUACCCCGACCUCUACGACGUCACGCAGCGGUCCUACUACCAGAUUGCCAGCUUUGUCCUGCGCGCCUGGCGGACGCGCGUCGACGUGCUGCGCGCGCGCGCCAGCCUGACUGGCCAGCCCGUCCAAGUGCCCGAGUUUAUCGCCAAGCUGCGGGCGACCAUGCCGGUGCAGGACGACACCGCCUCGACCUCGUCGGGGGGCGCGGCACAAUCGGCGACGGAGCCAUCCAUCAAGAGCGAGGCGUCGUCGGCAUCGCUGUCCAAGGUGCCCGGGCUGGGGAUGUCCGCUAUGCCGUCGGCGGGGCCGUCGACAGGGCCGGGCACGGUGACCAUCAGCAACAGCUACGACCCAAUGGACAGCAUAAACACGGCGACGGUCGCGGACCCGCCUGUGCCGUCGAUUGAUGAGCUGUCGCUGCUGGGCGACGACAAGGCGAUGCUGCCGACGACAAACGACCAAGUGCUGGACCAGCUGCUGGCGCAGUCGUACAUGGACCCCAACACCAUUGACUGGGACAUGUGGGGCAGCAUGAUGCCGCCGGGCUCGGUGGCGACGCCGUUUGACAACUUUAAUACCAUGCCGAACACCCAGUGGUGA